GUAAAAUGUGUAUUAAGGUUUUUUAAUUUUUAAAAAUUGAAUAUAAGAAAGAAAAAAUGGAGAUAGAUCCCGACUAUGCAGCCAAUAGCAAAGCUUUGCGAACUAAAGAAGAGAAAAAUAAAGAAGAAACGCAACUGACAGAGGAAAUACUUACCAAGACCCUCAAUGACAUAUUUGAUGAGGAAUUAUCAGCUAGGGAAAAACAGUUAGAGGAACUUGAAGAAAAAAUUUUCAGAGCGCAAAAGUUGUUACACGUAGUACGUUAUGCUUUAGUAAAUUCUUACUACAAGAAAAAUAAUUUGGAAAUAUCUCCUGAUGAUGAAACUGUAACUGCAGGUUUCGACAAACAAAACAGAAUCCACCCUGCAAUUAAAAAACUGCUGGGAAGCAAUCCAAGUUUGGAUAUACUUUGUUCCGGAAAAGGCAAACGUAGAGUUGCAUCAAAAAGCUGUGAUAAAAUAGGUUCUAAGUCUCAGACGUCAGAAGCUAAAAGACCUAAAUUAGAUGUUAAAACUUCAGCCCCGAAUCCACACAAUAACAGUGAUAGUGACCAGACCUUCGUAAAGAAUAGAAAGAAGACAAGACAUAGAUUAGUAAUCGGUAAUGUAUCCAAGUGGAUUCAGUCUCUAGAAGAUAACACGACACAUAAGUGGAUGAUGUAUGUAAGAGGAGAGAAAGACAAUCCUGAUAUAUCACACAUUGUAGAUAAAGUAGUGUUUCACUUGCAUCCAUCUUAUAAGCCGCAUGAUAUUGUUGAAGUUAGGGAAUCCCCAUUUCAUCUAUCUAGACGAGGUUGGGGAGAGUUUCCUCUUAAAGUCCAGAUUUUCUUCAAAUGUCCACUAAACAAGCCUGUCAGUAUUGUACAUAAUCUUAAAUUAGAAAAAACAUUUUCUGGUCGUCAGACUUUAGGAAAUGAAACUUUGGUAGAUGUAUAUCUACAUGACAUUAGUAUAAAACCAGAAACCAUUACGAAACCUCCAAGUGAACCAGUUGAUAAUGAAAGUCCAAGCACCUCGUACAAUAAUAUUUUCCAAAAUCUCGAUUUACAUCUUCAGGGCAACAACCUGAAAUCAGAUUUCACACCUUUAGAUAAAAUGUUUAUAAAGAAAGAACCUUUCGAAUACGACUACACUCCACUUGACCUAUACAAAGAACCUUUAAAUUAUGACCAGUUUAUCAAAUCUGAAGACAUCAUCGUCAAAGACGAACUUCCAGAAAUCACGGAUCAAACGACAAGUAAUGUGGAUAUUAUAUCAACCAGAUCCGAUUCAGCAUACGGAUGUUCUGACACUGCGUCUAUGAGUUUCGAGCACGAUUACUGUGAUGUUAUAGAGGAACAAUUCGUGGAUAAUGAAGUCGAGAUGAAGGAGGACUAUUUUCUUAAUAUUUUUAAUCUCGAACAUUCCUAUUCUUGUCUUAGUUUGACAGACAGUCCAGAUGUUAGUACUGUAAGUGAACAUAUGGUAAAAAGAGAGAAUGUGAUUGUUGACCAGGAUUCAGACAACAAACUGAUCUUUGGAUUGGGGGAGAAUUACCUUAGAGGAAGUACUUCAGUGGUUUAUAAUACGGUACCUAACAAAGUGGUGGCUACAAAAUCCCUGGAUUACGUCCAGUUGUGUCAGCAGAACGGUUUGGUUGAAGCUAGAAAAAUCUUGAAGUCUAAAUUUGGUAUAUCGUUACCUCCAAACCGAUUCAAAAACAUAGGCGAAGCGUUACCAUAUUUGCUAAGAAGAUUCUCAUUGUGGAACGAAAAACGGGCGAAUUCGAGUUUUAAGGCCUUAUAUCCGUUUAUAGCCUCCUCAAAGGAAGAAUUCGAUAUGUGGCCUUUUGGCAAAAUGUUAAAUGCAGAGUGGAAUCGAGCUAAAGAAAUUAAGAAAAUCUUGUCUGCGAGGUUUCCAAGUUUAAGAAAAUGGAGUACAAGGGCUAUUUUUAUGUAUGCCCGUUCCCAUAAGUAUUCACCUGUACUUAGUUCUGCUGCGUUCUUCAAACAUUCGUCGGAGGAUCUUAGACUUAUUAAUGAUUGUUUUUCAGAGGUUGAAGCAGGUGCGAUAAAUAUUAAUAAAUCAUUGGAAAUUGAUGUCAAGGUUGACAUUGAAUCAGAAGGAGAUAAUUCUGCUCCUUCAACGUCGCGACGACCAGAUGCGCGUUUACCUACGACUUACAUAGAUAUAUCGGAUAGUUCUCUUAAGGACCAGUGCGAUUUCGUUCGGGAAACUGCAUUAGAUUGUGGAAUAAUUUUACGAUCUGAAGAAAUUUCAGAUGGUGUAAUUAUGAAUGGAGCAGCAAGAAUGAUGCUGGAGGCUGUGAAAUGUUUGGCAGAGGGUUUAAUCAGGAGGUCCAAUCAUCAUUUAGUUUGUAGGAAAGAUUACAGGGGAGGCUUCAGUGAAGUUACCGCUAAUGAAGUAAAAAUUGCCUUACAAGAACGGUCUGAAAUAAUGUCCAUAAAUCAAUUCGCUGUCAAGAAGCGAGAAAUAGAAUUUUAUUCGUAACCGUUCAAAGACUGUUGAAAACGUUUAAAGCAAAAAUUUAUUUGUAUCAUUAUAUAUGAUGUAUUUAUUUGUAUUUUGUUUUCCUAUAUAUAUAUUAAAUUUUUUUAUUAA